CCCUCACAAACUUCGUCUUGCUCUCUACAGGGUGAUACAUGACGCCCCGGAUAUUCUUAUGCUGGGAUAGUCAAUGGAUGGGUACUCGUAGUAUGAGCCUCCCACUGGGAAACUCUUUUUAAGUGUCGUUGUACCGGACCAACGAAAUUCUCAGACACUCGAUUUCCACUGCAGCCCAUUGCAUGACGAGUUUCUCGCGAAUUUAACCGCCUUUAGAUCUUGUAGCUAUUGACUUCUCAUGCGCGCUUGCUCACUUAUCCCCCAGACAAGCACGCUUUCAUCAUGUCCGCGCUCAAUCUUCAGCUUGAUAUCCUCGACGAUGCCGAGAUGAAACAUUCCGCCCCCCAGGGGUCGAUUGCGACAACUGCGGCUGGGCUUUUGAAACCCUUCAAAUCGGUCAAAGGAGCCCCCAAAGGCACCAAUGCUGAGAUAAAGUUUGCCAAUCUCCUCCGGGACUAUGUCCAGCUGGGCGACAAGAGAUCUGUCGAAGACAUUGCGAAAGAAAUACUUGCCAUCUUGCCGGCUAACGGCCAGUACUCGACAGAAAUGUCCGCGUUUUCUCAACUAUGUGUCGAGAUUGCCGUGCAGAUCCCGUAUCACCACCCAUCGCAAAUGAAGCUCGCCUACCUACUGCAAUAUCUUGCGAGGUCCCCGAAGUUUGUCUCGACAUCGACGUUACCGGGCGUCGAAGUCCUCACGCACAGUUAUCAGGCGCUCGGUGAGGUAAUCAGAGAUAACCUCCAAGGACCGCAAGCCGAGGAGACGCCGAUGGCAUGGGUCAACUACCAUGCCUUCUUUGCCCACUUCGAAUCAAUCGUAGGCAGGACCACGUCCAGCCCGACCUACGCCAUCUGGACCAUGCGCGAAGCGUUUGAGGGCGUGGACUACACCAAAGAAGAAUUCAGGGACUACUACAUCAUGGCAGCAGCAUAUGCUAGCCGGGUUGCAGAAUCCGACGAGAAGAGUUGGCGUCUCGGUAGCCUUCUCAAGGAUGAGAAACGCAGCAUGGGGCUCCUUUCAUUGGAGAGGUGGCGGUUCUGGGCCGAUGGCUUCAAGGCCGUCGCAGCUGAUGAGAAGUCCAGUGACGAGUGCAGGAGCCUGUCGGGUAAAGCGCCGAGAUUGAUGGACGCAAUGGAGAUGAAUAUGACUUUCUAA